GCUCUCCGUGGACCAGCGUGCCGCACUCUGUUCGUGACCAGCGUGGCAGUAGCACCGUCAUCACCUUCGCGUUCGUUCACAUCCCGUCCGUCCGUCCGACUGUGUGGUUCCGCGGACUGUGCCCCGUGUAGCUCUUCUCGUUUGCGAAUCUUUCUUCACAUCACUUGCCGGUUCCGGUUGCAAAGGAAACGUAACGAGCCAACCGAUACGCACGCACCAUUCCGUGUUCCGAACGUUCACCAACACUGUGUAACAUUUUAGUGCAAAUCGUGUAAUAAAAACCGCACCAACAUGGCCCGUCUUCUCGCCCGCUUCUGCAAAACGCUUCCGGUGCAGGGUAGCUCAACUCGGACGAUCCUGCCUGCCGUUACCAUGGUGCCGUCGCGCGCCCGCAGCUCCGACACCCGUAUUCAGGCCGUAAAGCCUAUAGUGGAGAUGGACGGCGAUGAGAUGACCCGCAUCAUCUGGCAGUUCAUCAAGGACAAGCUGAUCUUUCCUUAUGUUAAGGUCGAAGCACUUUACUACGAUCUCGGACUUCCCUAUCGCGACCAAACGAACGAUCAGGUCACGAUCGAUGCCGCCCACGCCAUGCUGAAGCACAACGUCGGCAUCAAGUGUGCGACGAUCACGCCGGACGAGCAGCGCGUCGAGGAGUUCAAGCUGAAGAAGAUGUGGCUGAGCCCGAACGGUACGAUCCGCAACAUACUCGGCGGCACGGUGUUCCGCGAGCCGAUCAUCUGCAACAACAUUCCCCGCAUCGUGCCCGGCUGGACGAAGCCGAUCGUGAUCGGGCGUCACGCGCACGGCGACCAGUACAAGGCGCAGGACUACGUGGUGCGCAAGCCCGGCACGGUCAAGAUGGUGUACACCGGCGAGGACGGCACGGUGGAGGAGAUCCAGCUGUACAAGUACACCUCGCCCGGUGUGGCGCUGGCCAUGUACAACACGGACGAGUCGAUCAGCGCGUUCGCGCACUCGUCGUUCCAGGUGGCGCUGGGCAAGCGGUGGCCACUGUACCUGUCCACCAAGAACACGAUCCUGAAGCGCUACGACGGUCGGUUCAAGGACAUUUUCCAGGAGAUUUAUGAGAAAGACUACAAGAAGCAGUUCGAGGAGGCCAAGAUCUGGUACGAGCACCGGCUGAUCGAUGAUAUGGUCGCGCAAGCGCUGAAAUCGUCCGGCGAGUUCGUGUGGGCCUGCAAGAACUACGACGGCGACGUGCAGUCGGACAUCGUCGCCCAGGGUUACGGUUCGCUCGGUCUCAUGACGUCCGUGCUGGUGUGCCCGGACGGCAAAACGGUCGAAUCGGAAGCCGCACACGGAACGGUCACCCGCCACUACCGCGAGCAUCAAAAGGGACGCCCCACUUCCACCAAUCCGAUCGCUUCGAUCUUUGCGUGGACGCGCGGCUUGGAGCACCGUGCGAAGCUGGACAACACGCCCGAACUGGCCCGCUUCUCGAAGGCGCUCGAGAAGGCCUGCGUCGACACGGUGGAGUCGGGCAAGAUGACCAAGGAUCUGGCCCUGUGCAUUCACGGCUCGCGCAACCUCAAGGACAGCAUGUACCUGAACACGCAGGACUUCCUGGAAGCCAUCUCCGAGCAGCUGGAGCGCACGUGGAAGAAGUAGAGAGUGGCCACACUCGCCCCUCACAUCCCUCCCUGCCUUUCUAUUUUGUAUCAUAUAUGCAGUAAUCUUUUUCCACCCCAAUCAAAAGUGUGUAUGUGAAUUAAAAUAAAAACUUUUUAUUACACUA